CUUCUUCCGCCUCGUUGCAGAAUUCCAACCGAGUCGCACUUUAUUCGUUACACAUUGCCACUCACCAACAUCACCCUCCAAAGCCAUCAUGCCCACAGCAACAAGACUGCUCUAUCAAAAUCUUGUGCAAAGUCGACAGCGGAGCGUUGACGACUCAUAUUAUUUCUGAAUCAAACUUGAUCGAGGAGCAAGAUCAGUUACGCGCUCUGCUAGAAAGGAACGAGGGACGUGCCCUUGGCCUUGCUGGCGCAUAUUCAUCCAGUGGAAAGCUCGCGAUGCUUGCCAUCGCCGACACGUCCACGAUUAUCAUUAUCGAAUUCGUGUUGAAGAAGACCAGUCUCACCAAGGGCAACAAACGCGAUGGAAAGCCUGCCGCACCCGCCAGUGCGGUGGACAACACCGCCGCUCGGCUUUUUUUGUCCGAUAAUCUCCUCCGCCGCACCGCCGGGUUUUUGUAUGCAUUCGAUAUCGCUCCCAUUGCCCUUGCGCUCUCCCAGGCGCUCGGCCUUCGAAUUGCAAAUGCAAUUGAUAUGCAGUGCGCAGGACCAAAGACACGCGCUCCGCUCGCUACUGUUAAACAGGCCGUCGGUGAUCUUCACCACGUAUAUGAUGAUAACAUAAACACCGCAUUUCGCAAUGAUACCAUCAGCGCAUCUCAACCUGCUUGGAAGUUAACUACUCUACUUGCACUUCGUGCAUGGAUCGCACACUAUGUCUCGCAGCUCUCCUCGAUGGAAGACCGCUUGGCGCAAGUGCCCCCAGUGGACACCUUUCGACUUUCUGAUGAGGCACUAGAGUUCCUCUCUAAGAGCUCGAAGGAUUCAUACCAGCUCGAGCAGAAGAAGCCGACGGAGGUCACGCGCAAGUUCACCACUUCCGUCGAUCACCAGAACCACCAAAUCCGCGCCCAACCAGACCGAUACCAGUACAAACUUCGAAAGGGUCAACAACAGCGUGCCUUAAUUGAUAUCGGCGAGGGUCGCGGGCGGGGCUUCACUGUCAACGGUCAGGUUGCCAAGUCUCAGGGUCGCGCCGCCCAACUCGCUACCACCACCAAUCUCAGCCUCGCCGACAAGAUCAUCGGCACGAUCAAAAUCAUUGGCCGUGAUGACCCUACCCAGGCUGAGACCCAGCGUGCUCAGAAGGUUCUUGAGAUCCUCCAAGGUCUCAUCAACCUCGAGCACGAGAACCCAUGGGUCCAGCUUAUUUUCUAUUCCUCUCCAAAGGAUGACUUCCAAUGGCCCCCUAGCUGGACGGAGGAAAUGAAGGAUGCAGUUCCUGUCAAAUUCCGGGCUGACCGUGUCAGUCGUCCACUUAAUUCAUCCCAGACCAAAGCUGUGAAGCAGAUGCUCCAGCAGUUGGAUGAUAAACGAGUUACUAUCAUCCAGGGACCCCCUGGAACUGGUAAGACCACUGUUAUUGCCUCUUUUGUUCAGACUGCCAUUGCCGGUGGACUCUCUGGCAUCUGGCUUGUUGCUCAGUCCAAUGUUGCUGUCAAGAACAUUGCCGAGAAACUAGCUGACUUUGGCUUGACUAAAUGGAAGCUUCUUGUCUCAAAGGAGUUUUUUGAAUAUUGAUUCGGGCGAAUAUCAUUAUCUCCGAGGACUUUGCCAUACCAGGUUUGCUUCAAAAGCACCUCUACAACUGUCCGGUUAUCCUC